CCAGUAUACGUGUGUACAAGAGUGGUGGUAAACUAUUCGCUUUUGUGUAGUUUUGCCAAGUCGGGGACGGUCCGAAUUAGACCGACUACAUGUGGAUUGUUGUGCGAGUGUCAAAAGUGUCGUGAACUUGUCGAUUAAGCAGUCGAAAGUGUGCAAGUUUCGCGUUUUGUUCGAAAAGUGUGUAAAAUGUCAGAUGCGGCGCGGGGCGAGUGACGCGGGAACGCGGCAUUUUUUAGAUUCCGAUAGGAUUCGAAAGUUGAAACUGCAUGUUUACGAACGAUGCAUUUGUGCGUGUUUAAGCGUUAAUUUUAGUGCGAAGCUGUGAUUUAUUUUUAUCGUGGAAAAUUGUGUGACAAUAUGAGGCGCACCGAACUAUGUAUUUUUGACGCGGCGCUGUGGUGUUUCGUGGUGUACCUGCUGGGUCACAUUCCAACCAUUGAGAUGAGAGUGGAUGAGUUGGAACAGGCGGCACAGAAGUACAGAAGUCCAGAGCCAUCAGUGCCAGCAUCAACGCCUCCCCCCACUUAUCCCAAGCCCAACAUGAAACUGGGCAAGUGUUUCCACCUGGAUCGGUCCCAGUGUCCAACUAAAGAGCUCCGGUGUGACACCGUGGACCCAACUUCUGUGUUCUGCUGUGAUGUGGACAGCUUCACGUUGAAAGAAGGCCUGACUGCUUAUAUGAAACAGAAUAUCACAAACCUCCACGUCCUGAACGCGACCAUAACUGAGCUAGACCUGUCUCAGUCCGUGUUUCGACGGCUGGCGUCCAUGGCGCUUACUGACGGCAAUAUUGGACAAAUUGUUGCCCGUGAGAUGGAAGAUGAAGUUAAGAACGGUGACGGCCAGUUCCCGAAGCACUCCUCAAUCGCCUGCCUGAACAUCUCCAACAACAACCUGACAACAGCUAAGCUACCGAGCACCCUGCGGCCGUUCGCGUACCUCUUCAACCUCACCGUGCUGGACGCGUCCGCCAACAACCUCACCGAGUUCCCGCUCAGCCUGGUGCAGAGCAACCGGAAGAUAUUCAUCGAUAUGUCAGGGAACAACCACAUGCCGUGCAAGGAGUUCCAGCAAGCCAUGGACAGCAACAACUCUCUGCUGACCUUCGUGAACUACUAUAAGACGUACUGUGUGCGCGAGAUACGGUUCAACGACCGCCAGUGGUUCACAGAGACUUCGGUGCUGCAGAUUGACCAUCUUAAAGUUCAGAAAGAGCUAACGAAUACCUGCCGCAACAUCAAGCCCCUAGACGCGAAUUGCACCUGCUUCCUGGAUCGACUGGAACUGACACACUUGGAGUAUAUGGUGACGGUGGACUGCACGCAGCGGCAUCUGAAGGUCAUGCCCACGGAUCUACCGGCUAACACUUGGAAACUCAAUGUUUCUUACAACAACAUAACUAGUCUAGAAGCGGUCGGCGAUGACCCGUCAUACGAACAACUCAAGCAACUCAUAGCAGACCAUAACGAUAUUGAAAACAUCGGGCCGCUAGAGGGAACUAAAUUCGCUGACAAUUUCAUGUUGUUCUCUAUAACGCACAACAAAUUGAAAAAUAUCCACACGUACAUGCUGUCGAACAUGUUCGACAACCCGGGCUCGUACAACACGUUCCUCAUCGGCGGUAACUACAUCCAUUGCGACUGUAAUACCGAGAAGGUUAUCAAACCAUGGCUAAUAGAAGUCUCAAAAACGAUUCUCGACUACAAAGAACUGUAUUGCGAAGACGGCAUGGGCCCAGUGGUCGACCUAAAAGAGUUUCAAGUCUGCCACACACCGCGAGACUGGACCGACUAUAUAUACUACAUAAUCACUCUAGAAGUACUUGUCCUAGUACUACUAAUUAGUAAAGUAUCCUAUGAUUACUGGAUCUUCAAGACGGCAGGGUACUUGCCGUGGCCGGCGAAUAAGAUGCCGCGACUGCCCUGUGAUUGGCUGUGUGAGUGAAGCGCUGCGCGCUGAUUGGUGGAAAUUCGUUGGAUGUGAUUGGCUCGUGGCUGGUCCAUGUGUUUUAGUUGCGCUUUGAGGUUAAUUUGCCAAGCAAAAGACCUCGAUAUUGGUAUUGAUAAAAUUUAAUUUUGAUUGUGAUUUCGGAUAUAAUCGUGUUGAACAAGAAGUUAAGUGUAGUCGGGUGAUCUUGUGGCAUAAGCUUGUAAUGUUAGAGCGAGAAAGACUACAAUGAAGCUAUUUUCUCAACGAGCGCCAUAUUUAUAGGUAGUAGUAUCUCGAUAACAGGACAGUAUCUCAUUUGUGAAAGACAAGUGCACUGUGAUUGACUUUAUUUUGAAAUCAGUUUGUUGGAGUAUGAACUAUUAAUUGCGUGGUGUGUUUUGCAGAGCAAACGCCAGGUUAUAAACUUAUUUGUUUAUUUUUUAAGUGUUUUUCAUGGACUUAUGACUACUUUUUGAGGGCUAUGCUAUUUAAGUUGCAGCUACUGAUAAAGUUAGUUAUAUGUAAAUUUGUGUUAAAUGUAAAUUAUGUGUUGUUGAAAUCGUUGUAAUUAUAUAUGAAAAGGUGUAUAUUUUUAUUUAAGCGUAGCUUUGUGAAAGCAUUUAGACGCACAUACAUAUCUAUACAGGUAUAUAAAAAAAUAUAGCAAAGGCAAAUCUAAUUAUGCCUUUCUCAAUGUCGCGAAAGUUUUAAGUCGUUAUAUUAUAUUUAAGAAUAUAUGAAAAGACAAGUUAUAACAUGUACAUUCAUGUUGAUGAGUUUUGGAUGUGGUAAUGUUACUUUUUGUUUGCUAAAGAUGCUCGAAAAGACAUAAAAUAUGUCUAUUAUCUAUGUCAAACCUACCAUCCAUUUUCUGAUGUAGAUUCUUGUAAUAAAGUCUAUUUUUGUACUCAACAUAACAUAAUGAUAAUAUUCGCUAUUUUUGGACCAAUUAUACAAAUUCUAAGAGGCUAAACAUUAACUUUCACCUAAGACAUAGUUAAGUUUUUUAUAACUUAAGUAAAGGCUGAAACAGACGGACUGCAUAGUUCUUAACCUUCCAUACAUGUUGCAGUCCGUGUGUUUCACCUACUGUUAUUGGAAAUAGGUGCCAUAUUGAAAAAUAUCCACUGAAUUUAUCACUACUUUAGAUAUUUAUCUAUCGAAAAGGUUAUUAUGUAUAUAAAUGCAAUGAAGACUGUAUAUUUUGUAUGGGUUUAGUUUUAUGUAAAAAAUGACCAAUAAAAGGGUUGAUUUUGUAA